GAGAGCGAGGGAAGGCGGGCGGUGAUAUGGCGCUAAGAAUGACUGCCCAUUAUCUCAGGAAUAACCCGACUCAACCCGGGCUUAAUGUUAAAGUCCUGCUUCUUCUUUGCAUCGCGUCUGGUGUGUGGGGAAGUCAGGUGGUGGUCCCUCCAAGGGUCAGUGCUGUGUUGGGGAAGAAUGUAACUCUAGGCUGCAGGAUCCAGGUGGACUCUAACCUGAGUCUGACUCAGAGCUCGUGGGAGAGGAGGCUGCCCACUGGUUCAGUCACUCUAGCUGUUUAUAACCCCAUGUUUGGCAUCUCCAUCCCACCUGAGUACGUGCGGCGUCUGUCCUUCCGCUCACCUUCCACCCACGAUGCCACCAUCAUUCUGGAGGACGUGGGCUUUGCCGACAUUGGUGUCUACACCUGCAAGGUGGCCACAUUUCCCUUGGGCAACACGCAGGCCUCCACCACCGUCAGCGUACUUGUGGAGCCAAAAGUGUAUGUAUCGGCUGGUUCCUCGGCUCUAAUGGAUGGUGGAAAUGACACCACAGUUGCAACCUGCAUCGCUGAGCGUGCCCGACCCCCAGCCGAUGUUUCUUGGGAGACGGAUCUUUACGGCACGUCUGAGGCCCACAUGGCAGAUGAUGCUAACGGUACUACCACCACUCAGGUGCACUACAGCUGGCAACCCACCCGCCACGCCCAGGGACACACACUCACCUGUGUAGUCAGACACCCUGCACUGCAGAGCGACUUCAGAAUCCCCUACAUCAUCAAUGUCCAGUUUGCUCCAGACAUCCUAGUGCUGGGAUAUGAUGGGGACUGGUAUGUGGGGAGAGAGAAUGUCCAGCUGAAGUGUCGAGCCAAGGCCAACCCACCAGCUCACCACUUCAGAUGGAUCAGGCUGGAUGGAGAUAUGCCAGAUGGAGUGGAGACGAUGAACAACUCUCUCAUCUUCUUGAGGCCACUGCAGAGGAAUGAUUCUGGGGUCUAUAGAUGUGAAGUGGGCAAUGACAUCGGCCUGCGCAGCCGCGAUAUUAGGAUACGCAUUCAAGAUCCUCCUUCCACCACCGCUAUGCCUCCCACUACCCCUGUGCUCCUCCUAAACGCCGGCAUCUCUGUAACAGCACCUGGCAAUAAGCAGAGGGCGCUCUUCACCUCCCCCACAUUGGCGCCGCUGCACGAGGGCAACCUGGGCACCAUAGUGGGCGGGGCAGUGGGCGGAGCCCUCUUCCUGCUGCUGCUGCUGGUAUUGGGCGGGAUUUAUUACCAGCGGCAGCGGCGGACCUUCCGUGGUGACUACUACACCAAGCAGUACCUCGGGCCCUCGGACAUGCAGAAAGCGCCGCAGCCCCACGAGCUGCAGCAGGUCUACAGCAAUGAGGCAGGCCGGGCCAGCCCUGACUCCAAAGUCAAACCCAGCCAUGAUGGCAACGGCAUCAUCUACCCUGACAAAGAUAGAGAGGAGUGGGGCGACUUUGACCGAGAAAGGUCCCCCAACGGCCGCAGCAGAGUCAUACGAGAGGCCAACGCCCACCACAACUACCAUAACCACCACCAGAGCUACCACCCCAAACCCCACCACCCUCACCCCAGUCACCCACAUAGCUUCCACCCCGGGCAGCACAACCACAGGGGCUCCCUCCAGCCGGAGCACCGCAGGUACCCUGCUCCUCAGUCCAUGGGCAACGGCUCCCCGUACCUGCCGGAGGACUGCUAUGACAAUGACUACGUCUCACAUACGGAUGGUUCCAUGAUCUCCCGCAGGGAGUGGUAUGUUUAAAUCCAGGGCAAAACAGCAGCAGCAGGAAGGACUGCAAAAAGACUUCAAACUGCAAAAGAACAUGAGGGUAGAACUAGAGUAUGUAAACUUAAUAACUAGAAAAGUACUUCUGCACCUUCUUGUUUAUUUUUCAUCCCUGUAGUUUACACCCUCUCCUGUUUCAGUUAUUUUGGCAUGACCCGUCACUUCAUAUCAGGAUAUCAGGGGACCAAGAGUACAAGAUAUAAAAACAGAAAAAAGAGACCCUUUCUGAUGAUGUCAAUAGGGAUUCAAGAUGGAUUUUUUUCAAAGCUAAAUGUCCUCUUUGACUUACACUGAAUAAGAUAUUUCAGUCAAUCUGUAAUUCUCAGUUUUUGAAGGGAAGGGGGAGAAAAAACUAUUCCGAAGGAUGAGUGUUUCAAAUGGCACCGGCAUGAUGGACGAGUUCCCAUCAGUUGCAUGAACUUUCAGUAAUCUCAUCAUUCUAAUGGAAACAGAAAUUAGCUCCUGUCAACAGGGUGGCGGUUUCCAUGGCAAUGUUUAAUUCCCUUCCCCAGGCAUUCAGCGUAGAGAGAGGGAGGGGGCGGGGCCAGACAGGGCUGGAGUGCACUGAAGCACAGAGAUCCAGACACAGAGAGAGAAUGACUGCAGCACAGGGGAGGCUUUAUUCAGGUGUGCGCAUAUGAGUGUUCCAUCACUCAAGUGUUCAGAUUUAUACGGAGUCAAUCAUUCAUUACAUAACAGAAAAAUCAUAGCCGUCGCAGUCAGUAUCGUUCUUUAACACUGCCCAGUGUUAAUGUUGAUUACAUUGUUCCAGAUCGACUAACAGCUGUUGAUGUAACCUCAGUUAAGUAUACAUUGGUUCUUAUGAAAUCAAGUUUUGGUGCCUUUCCUCUUGCCUAUAUGAGUGUACAGAAGUUGGAGACCUCCUUUCAUUUAUUAAAUUUCAAGUCAAAUAGGUAUUUAGGUACAGUUUAUUCAAUUCAUUUUGGAGGGGGUAUUUAUUGAGAGAUUAUAUAUCAAAUGAUGCACUUGCAUAAGAAAGGGGAGAGUCAAAAUAAAACAAGUUGGGGAAGGGGACAGUUUACACAAUUGGAGUUUUAAAAAAAAAUUAUCGAUUAAUAAAUAUUCUGUUACUGAGAAAAGGAAAUAGGUUUAAAAAAAAAAAAGAAAUUUUAACUAGAACACACAAAAACAGUGGUUCUAUUGAAUAGAUUUUUAUAGCAUUACUGGAUUUGUCAGAAGCAGAACAUGAAACCAAUUUCUAAGCCUGAAUUGGAAAAGUCGAUAAAUAUUUCUGCAGAUUUUUUUUUUAAAACACUGAAGACAUGUCUCCCAAAAGGAAUGGAAGCAAAUAAAGUAAUAAAGCAAAGUGUGGACACACUAAAUGCUGAGAAAUUUAAUUUGCUGUUAAAUGUGUCCUCCCUUUUUUUUACUACACUGAAAAAUGCAUAACUUGUACUUAAUGGCCACUUUGAUUAGAAGUUAAAUAAACAAAGGGUGGUCUCAGACUUCUGUAUAGUACUGUAUGUGUGUGUCUGUGUAUAUUCAUACAGUCUGUGUGCAUAUACAGUUGGUGUUAACCUCCACAGUAUAUUUGAUGGCUCAGCUGUCCGUCCAGUAGUGCAAUAGUGUUCUAUUUCUCUGGAUUCAGAUGAGAGUAGUGGACGAUUACGGUCCCAUAUUUGUCCUAAGUUUACCUGAAAUGAGUUUUGCUGACUAGGUCAAAAGAAGAUUAAUAAUUCUGAGUUUUCUAGCAGCUGUGUUUAGGUCAGGGAGAUCAGCAGUGCCUUAUUGUGAAGGUGCGGAUCUUUUACAGUGGCAUUCUAAAGGCAUCAGUGAUUAUGAUCAUUUAUCUGUGAACAUAUGAGUAUAAUUUUUGGAGGAGUAAUUGUGGUGAGUUAAAUGACCAGUUCAGGUGCAUGGGUGAUCGCCCUGAACUGUUCUGUUCUGUACUUUUCCUGUCCUUCCAUUUUUGCCUUUUUCACUUUCGAAAGCCUUUUUGUGCCAUUGCUUGUAUGAUUGCUUUUCUUUUUUUUUUCUUUUUUUUUGCUUGAAAAGUCAGACAAUAGCAUAUUUUGCUCACAGAAUGACAUUUGUGACACUUGAGUUGCAAUGCACAAGAAAAAGGAAUUUUCGUUAAGAUUAAGUGUAUAGUCGGAGUGGGUAAAGGUCCUGUAACUGAGAAGACUAAGAGGUGGUUAUUCUGUAUAUAUGUUGGCUGUUGGGAAAGGCUUGUUUUUCUAUUUGUUUUCUCCUGUGUAAAGGCAGAGAUUUGACAGUAGAUCACACUAAACACACCUGCCACAUAACUGUUUGUGAAGAGAGGUGUUCAGAUCUGUUCAGUUUCAUAGGCCACACACACUUCUCCAGAGCAUUUUGUUCACCUUUUUCUUUUUGUACAGAGAAGCUACUGUAAAAAAAAAAAAAAAUACAAAAAAUAAAUAAAUAAAUGUUAUAAAUAAAAACUGAAAGGAAAAAUUACUGAAAUGAACUGUGUGGAGAGUAUGGAGCGUUAUUUUGUAAAAACAACUUUUGGAAUACAGUUUGUUUUGAAAUAAAGCACCUUUUUUCUGUGA